AUGGCACAGAUGAGUAUACUCGACAUCGAGUAUACCAACUCUCGACCAAAUGGGGCUCGAAGAUUGAGGACGAUGAGUCCCGACAAAUGCAAGGUCUCGAGAUCCAGGAUGCUCGACCGUGGGCCAGAGGCCGUGUGGCGGAGGCUCUGUCCAGAAGAACAAUCGACAGGCAAGUCACCGUCUGCUCGGAUAAAAGGCCAGCCCUCUAACAUUUUUCAUAGUGGACCGCCCCCUCGCGUUGUCCUCCGGGAGCCCAACAAAGGCGGCAUGUCAGUGGUGUUUAACCCACCACGACAGGCAUGGAAGGAUUGUGUCCAAAAUAUGCCUAAGAACAGCCCCCGUGACACCCCCGUCGUUGUUAAAGGGGCUCCUAUACAGAGCCACUCAGCUACUCGUGAGGAAUCAGUCACAGUGACGACAAAAGUCAAAGCAGAAGGCUCCAGCGCUGAUGUGACAGCCACCCCGACUAUCCCUCUCGUUUUCACUCUUCACGCAAACGAAGUCUAUUCUGACGCGUUGGAACUCGUCGUUGGCAGUGGACACUGCCACGUUGUGCCCUCUAAGCACGAGGCACUCAGCUUUCUUUGCCGGGUUGAGUUGCUGAUCAAUGACAAGAAGGGAGGUAUCCUGGCCCUUCACAGUCAAGAAAAGGGGUCCCAAAUACACAAUGUCCUCGACAUCGACAAGCCUGUUGUGGAUGGCAAAUACUGUGUCUUUAAGGCCAAGUCUAAGGAAUGGCCUUACAAUAUUCGGUUUGAUACUCUUGAAUAUGGCAAGAUGUUCAGAAGCUGUUUGUCUAGGCUGAAGAAGGCUGCGCUCCACCACCAGGAGCCAGUCAAGGCAGAGCCAAUAACUGCCAAGCCUCUUGACAAUGCAGCAGAUGCAAACGUCCUUAUCCCACUGGAUGAUACCUGGCAGUCUCCCCAGAAUACACGAGUCUCACAUCUCGAACCAGUCGUCACACGAAUGGUCCCGUUGGUCAAGGACAUCCUCGAGCGUUUUGUUGCGGAGGAUGACAUCCGAACUGGCACAAUUGCCGGGAUCGAGGAUGCAAUCUUCGAAAAAUGGAUUGACGAGGGAUUUCUGAAGGAAUGCGACGAGAAGGAGAGGGAGGGUUCCCUCGCUCUCAUUCGAGCCCUUGUGGACAUGAGGCUCAUCUUUAGUGGGGAGAAGAGAAGGGACCAGCUUGUCAAGUCCAGCCUCAACCAAAAGGGACAUCGUGCUGAAGAGAAGGGCACAACCCAUGAGCAGGCGAACGGCUCUCAGUCUGAACGCAAGGCCACAAAAGGCCUGAGUGCCUCGUGCUUCGCCAAGGUGCCCUUCACAUGCGCAAAUGCCUUUACCGGUCCCCAGUCUCGUCCUCCUUACAAGUAG